GUUGAGCUAGGCUGGAACUGAACUGUGCUUGCUAGAAGUAUGGAAAAGGUUAUAUGUGAUGUCCACGGCAGCGUGUGUAUGUUAAAAACGGGUGUGAAAGAUGGACCAAAUAAGGGCAAAAGCUUCUACGUGUGCGUUGACAAGCAAGGCUGUGAUUUCAGUCAGCCGGUCAGCAUUUCACCAUCCCACUGCCUCCAUCAUGAAGACUCGAUGGUGGAACUCCAAGCUCUCACCUACAAUCAACAACAGCAGAGCCACAGGUUGUUUUUCCGGUGUGCUAUAGGAAAAAAAUCAGGCAAGAGAUGGUGUGGAAACGUGCCUUGGACUGCACCACAGAAAGAAAAGAGAAACCCUCUUUCUGACACACAGCUGCAGCCCUCUUGUCUGCCGCCUGUCCGUAACCCCUUUAAGGUUCCUGGCAAGAUGGACAAGGAGAGGAGAAGGAUGCAGUGUGGUGAAGGUGAUGAGGAGAUAAGGAAGGAGAAGGACAACGAGGCAAGUCACACGGCAGAAAGAAGCGAGAGUCAUCAGAAUGAAAACGUGGCGAGUGUAGGUGCUGGAGUGGAAGAAGAGGAAGAAGGGAAGCUGAAUUCAUCAGAUACUGUCCGAGGUCGACGACUUCCACCAGGGAUGAAGUUAAAGAAGAGGGUUUCAGCUGAGGAGCGAAAUAGUCCCAAAGCUAACGGUGUGGAAAAAAUGACAGACCAAGUUCAAGACAAGGCUAUAGAGAAUCACACCAAGCCAGGAGAAACAGAAAAAACAAAUUCUGCCCCCAGUGUCAAGGCUGUUCAUCCUGAGAAGACAAAUCAAACCUCACAGGAUCCUCACAAGGACUCGCCCCAGCAACCGACCGAUGGUGAAUCCUGUCUGGUGGAACACACCGACCCUGCUGUAAAAGAGGGUGUCUCUAAAUCUUCAUCCAGCAGUAGCACCCAGGCUUCCAGAGACUCUGAUUGCACCAGGGACCCCACAUCCAACAAACUAGCUCAAUCCACCGAGUCCAGUCAAACCAAAAACCAGCAAGAUGAUGACGAUGUAGUGUUGGUGUCGGUGGAACCUGCUACUCGGAAAACUCCUCCUGCCUCUGCUGUCCAAAAAACCCUGACCACCUUCCCUGGGUUCCAGCCAGCUUCUAAGGUCAAAUGUCCGCAGCAAGAUCCCAAAAGGCUGCACAGCCUGCUCACUGCUCAACUCCAACAGAAAAAGGCCACUCUGUCUGUGGUGAAUGUAGCGGCUCUGCCAGAUAAAGGGGAGAGGCUGAGGACUCAGGUCAAAGAGCUGGAGGACGCACUGGAGUCUCUGAGCCUCACUGCUGCUUCUCAGCCAGAUUCCAAGGAUGAAUGUAACAGCGGAGGUGCUCAUCCAGGAAGCAGCCAGCUGAACCCAUUCAGCCGGCAGGGCGGCACCAUCCUGCUCCCCGCCCUCCCUGCCCCGGGCCCCUCCCAGCACCAGGCCUCCAGCAGCUCCAUGAGCGAGCGACACACCCAGAUGCAUGGAGCAAACCGACAGGUCCAGGCCACCUGCGAGGCCAUCGACCACCUCCACAAAUCUCUGGAGUGCUGCCCCGACCCUGAUGCCGAGGUUCCAGACCCAAAAGGCAUCAAGGUGCCUCUCCUGGCCCAUCAGAGGAGAGCUUUGGCCUGGCUGCUCUGGAGAGAAACCCAGAAUCCCUGCGGAGGAAUUCUGGCGGAUGACAUGGGUCUGGGGAAAACCCUGACCAUGAUUUCUCUCAUACUGGCCCAGAAGAUCAAGACAGAAGAGAAAGAUGAAAAGAAGGAAGAGAAGAAGGUCGAGAGCUGGAUCUCCAAAGCCGACUCCAGCCUCAUGGUUUCUAAAGGCACUCUGAUCAUCUGUCCUGCCUCCCUGGUCCACCACUGGAAGAGAGAAAUCGACAGACAUGUCGCGGCAGCCAGGCUGACUGUGUACCUGUACCAUGGCCCCAACCGCGAGAAAAGUGCCAAAGUGCUGGCAGAUUAUGAUGUGGUGGUGACGACAUACAGUUUGGUCUCUAAAGAGAUCCCAGUCCAGAAGGAGAAGGCUGAGAAACCCACCAAAGACGCUGAGGAUGUGUCACCACACUCGGCUCCUCUUCUGCGAGUGAACUGGGCCCGGGUGGUUCUGGACGAAGCCCACAACAUCAAAAACCCGAAGGUACAGACCUCCAUGGCUGUGUGUCUGCUGAGGGCUGGAGCUCGCUGGGCUGUCACUGGCACCCCCAUCCAGAACAAUCUGCUGGACAUGUACUCACUGCUGAAGUUUCUGCGUUGUUCUCCGUUUGAUGAGUACAGACUCUGGAAAGCUCAGGUGGACAACGGCUCUAAGAGAGGCAGAGAGAGACUCAACAUCCUGACGAGGAGUCUUCUGCUCCGACGAAGCAAAGACCAGCUGGACUCCACAGGAAAACCACUGGUGUCUCUUCCUAAUCGGACCUGUGAGGUGCAUCAACUCAAACUAUCCCAGGAUGAGCAGGCUGUGUAUGAUGUGGUCUUUGCCCAAUCCAGAUCCACUCUGCAGAACUACUUGAAGAGACAUGAGGGACAUGAUGUGAACGAGGGAAACCCUUCCAGUUCCAAUCCUUUUAACAAAGUGGCCCAGGAGUUCGGGAUGUCCCAGGCUUACCCUGCUGUGUCAAGCUCCCAGCAGCCCCAACAGGCGUCCAGCACCGUCCACAUCCUGUCACUGUUGCUGCGGCUCCGACAGUGCUGCUGUCACCUGUCACUUCUUAAGAAGACUCUUGACUCGUCGGAGCUGCAGGGUGAUGGGAUCGUCUUGUCUUUGGAGGAGCAGCUCAAUGCUCUGUCACUCUCCUCCAGCCCCUCGCCAUCGGGCCCUGACCCCAAAGACACCGUGGCCCUAAAUGGCACCCGCUUCCCCUCACAUCUGUUUGUGGACACCAGUGAGAGCACCAAGGUUUCUGCUAUUAUCUCUGAGCUGAAAGCAAUCAGACAGAAGAGUGAUCAGAAAAGCGUCAUCGUGUCCCAGUGGACCAGCAUGCUGCACAUUGUAGCAGUUCAUCUGCAGCGGAUUGGACUGAGAUACGGUGUUAUCGACGGAACUGUCAACCCCAAACGCCGCAUGGACCUGGUGGAAGAAUUCAACACUAACCCAAAAGGCCCACGGGUGAUGCUGGUUUCUCUUUGUGCUGGAGGGGUUGGCCUGAAUCUCAUUGGUGGGAAUCACCUCUUUCUCAUGGAUAUGCACUGGAACCCAGCCUUGGAGGACCAGGCGUGUGACAGAAUCUACAGAGUUGGACAAACUAAAGAUGUCACUAUCCACAGGUUCGAGUGUGAAGGAACAGUGGAGGAGAAGAUCUCCAGACUUCAGGUGAAGAAGAAGCAGCUGGCCCAGAAUGUGCUGUCAGGAACUGGAAGCACCCUCACCAAACUCUCCCUGGCUGAUCUCAGAAUCAUUUUCGGUGUGUGAGCUGGGAGAGAACUGAGGAUGCUGUGCCACACCAUCAAGCCCACAGCUAUAACGAGAGACAGCUGUUCAUGCACAUAUUCAAAAGUCAGUUCUGUUUCAAGCCUGAAAAAUUUUGAAAUAAGCAAAGAACACUGAGGUAAUAAAUGACGUAACUCUAAGAUACAAGAGAGGUCAUUUACCAUCAUCUAAUUAUUUCUUUGUUGGCAUUUCAUCCGGAGGACUUUCCUGUCAUAUAUAAUUUGGUUGCGUAGUCAUUAUUGGAGUGAAGCAGAUAUUCUGCAGUCUUUUUCACAUCAUGAUGUUAUUUUUUUUGUAUGUGUGUUUUUUAUGAUUUAAAAUAAAUUCAGUUGAUUUAAGUUA